AUGAGUUCAGUUCAGUAUGAUGCUAUCGUUAUUGGUGCAGGGGUCAUGGGUCCUACCAUUGCAACUGCCUUUGCUAGACAAGGAAGAAAGGUCUUAAUUGUGGAAAGAGACUGGUCCAAACCAGAUAGAAUUGUUGGGGAGUUGAUGCAGCCGGCUGGUAUCAAGGCAUUAAGAGAAUUGGGAAUGAUCAAAGCAAUUAAUAACAUUAGGGCUGUUGAUUGCACUGGGUAUUAUGUCAAAUAUUAUGAUGAGACCCUUACUAUCCCAUAUCCAUUGAAAAAGGAUGCCUGUAUCACUAAUCCCAUGAAGCCAGUUCCUGAUGCUGUUGAUGGUGAAAAUGAUAAAUUAGACAGUGAUUCCACAUUGAAUGUUGAGGAUUGGGAUUUCGAUGAGAGAGUUCGUGGGGCUGCAUUUCACCAUGGAGAUUUUCUUAUGAAUUUAAGACAAAUCUGUCGUGAUGAACCAAAUGUUACUGCUGUUGAAGCAACAGUGACAAAAAUUUUACGUGAUCCUCUGGAUCCAAACACAGUUAUUGGUGUUGAAACAAAGCAGCCCAGUGGUACUGUUGAUUAUCAUGCAAAGUUAACAAUUUGUUGUGACGGUAUCUACUCCAAAUUCAGAAAGGAAUUAAGUCCAACUAAUGUUCCAACCAUUGGUUCUUACUUUAUUGGGUUGUAUUUGAGAAAUGCUGAAUUACCAGCCAAGGGCAAAGGUCAUGUGUUAUUGGGUGCACAUGCACCUGCAUUGAUUUAUUCAGUGUCUCCUACUGAAACACGUGUAUUGUGUGUUUAUGUUUCAUCAAAGCCUCCUUCUGCUGCUAAUGAUGCCGUUUAUAAGUAUUUGAGAGAUAAUAUUUUGCCAGCAAUCCCUAAAGAGACUGUUCCUGCCUUUAAGGAAGCCCUUGAGGAAAGAAAGUUUAAAAUUAUGCCAAACCAGUAUCUUUCUGCUAUGAAACAAGGUAGUGAAAACCAUAGAGGGUUUAUAUUAUUAGGUGAUUCUUUAAAUAUGAGACAUCCAUUAACGGGAGGUGGUAUGACAGUUGGUUUAAGUGAUACUGUAUUAUUAGCAAAAUUGUUGCAUCCUAAAUUUGUUGAGGAUUUUGGCGAUCACCAAUUGAUUUCUCAAAGAUUAAAGACAUUCCAUAGAAAGAGAAAGAAUUUGGAUGCUGUUAUCAACACAUUAUCUAUUUCAUUAUACUCUUUGUUUGCUGCUGAUAAGAAACCUUUGAGAAUAUUAAGAAAUGGUUGUUUUAAAUAUUUCCAAAGAGGCGGAGAAUGUAUCAAUGGGCCAAUUGGAUUAUUGAGUGGUAUGUUACCAUUCCCAAUGUUGCUAUUCAACCAUUUUUUCAGUGUUGCCCUCUAUUCAAUUUAUGUGAAUUUCAUGGAAAGAGGACUUUUGGGAUUCCCAUUGGCAUUAUUUGAGGCAUUUGAAGUGUUGUUCACUGCAAUUGUAAUCUUUACUCCAUAUUUAUGGAACGAAAUUGUCAGAUAG